AUGGCUGCAAAAUCUUACUGUACUUACUAUGAAACUGAUGUCCUGACCUAUGAUGAUGUGCAUGUGAACUUCACUGAGGAAGAGUGGGCAUUGCUGAAUCCUUCUCAGAAGAGUCUCUACCAAGGUGUAAUGCUGGAGACCUGUAGGAAUCUCAGUGCUAUAGGAUACAUUUGGGAAGACAAUACUACUGAAGAAUAUUGUAAAAGUUCUGGAAGACAUGGAAGGUAUGAAAGAAGUUUUACUGGAAAGCAAACCUUUGAUUUUAUUCUUCAAUGUGGUAAAGCCUUUGCACAAAGGAGUAGUCUCAAAAGACAUGAAAGGACAUGUAAUGGAGAAAAACGUUAUAAAUGUAAUCAAUGUUGUAAAGCCUUUGUCCAAAACCAUGCUCUCCAAAAACAUAAAAGGACCCAUACAGGACAGAAACCCUAUGAAUGUCACCAAUGUGGCAAAGCCUUUGCACAGAGCAGUCAUCUCCAAAUACAUAUAAGAACUCAUACAGGAGAGAAACCCUAUGAAUGUAACCAAUGUGGCAAAGCCUUUGCAGACAGCGGGAAUCUCCAAACACAUAAAAGAACACACACAGGAGAUAAACCCUAUGAAUGUAACCAAUGUGGGAAAGCCUUUGCACAAAGGAGUCAUCUCCAAAGACAUAUAAGAACUCAUACAGGAGAGAAACCCUAUGAAUGUAACCAAUGUGGCAAAGCCUUUGCAGAAAGCAGUCAUCUCCAAAGCCAUAUGAGAAUUCAUACAGGAGAGAAACGCCAUGAAUGUAACCAAGGUGGCAAAGCCUUUGCAGACAGCAGUACUCUCCAACAACAUAAAAGAACUCAAACAGGUGAGAAACCCUAUGAAUGUAAUCAAUGUAGUAAAGCCUUUGCAGGCAGCAGUCAUCUCCAAAGCCAUAUAAGAACACAUACAGGAGAGAAACCCUAUGAAUGUAACCAAUGUGGCAAAGCCUUUGCAGAAAGCAGUUAUCUCCAAAGACAUAUGAGAACACAUACAGGAGAGAAACCCUUUAACUUUAAGCAAUGUUCCAAAGCUUUCUCACAAAGCAAUGGUCUCUAAAAUCUUAAAAGUACACGUACAGGAGCCAAACUUUUUUGAAUGUAUCCAUUGUGGUUUUAUAACAUUUAUACAAAGCAGUGACCUCCAAAUACAUAA